ACCCCCUUGAGAUAGCGCUUCCGCCAUGGGACACCUGGUCCUGAUCAACUUGGACCCGUCCCGGGAUACCUCGCCCCACGUCAGGUUCAAGAAGGACAAGAUUCAAGAUCUUGGACUCGACCUGACAUGCGUCGUCUGGACACUCCCACAAAGCAGCGAGUCUACACCCAUAGAAACCUUGCGGUUAAAGCUACGUGAGCUCAACGAAAACCCCGAGGUAGUCGGCGUAUGCUUCAUCUCCCCAUUGCCAAAGGGCUUGGGUCGCAUAGACCUGGGCGAGCUGUGUUUACUACUCGACGAAAAAAAGGAUGUAGAGGGCCUCCGGAAUGGCAGUCGCCAGAAUGUCUUAGCUAUAGGCCUCGUCGACUACUACCUGGACAAGACGGGCUUAUCAGAACUUUCACCACGCGUGGUUAUCACCCGGCGUGUCGAUAUGAUGACUCGAUCGUUUAUCGAUACGCUCAGUGUUCGACAGUAUCCUAUCGAGGUGGUUCUAAACCCCAGCCCGGCCGAACCAGAGGAUGAGUCGCGUGCCAUCUGGAACGACGACGGAGGUCUGUUCCAGGACAAGGCGAAAUCCAUAGAUGUCAUCGACAAAACUAGGAGGCAAUUGGAGAAAUGGAAAGGUCACAACAUUGGCAAGUCACCUAUGAUUGGACUCGUCAUAGAUAGCGAACUUCCUCCCUCAGCCGAUAUAUACAUUAACCUCGAAUACCAUAGGGCCGGCGGGCCAAAGCGGGAAGACUCGAGUACGGUCAUGUUUGACGGGUAUCCAGUAUGGCCUCUGGUCAAUCACUUCAUAGUCCAACGUGCUGCUGAGAACACGACGAAGUGAACGCCGGAGAGCCGGGUAUUUGCACUGCGUGGCCAUAUCUAGCAAAGAAAGAAGUAAUAUAUAUCGAAUUACUCGG